AAUUCUCAGGGCUUAAUGAUUUGGCUAAGUCCUGCCAAAAAUCACAUUUCAUGCAGAUUUACUUAAUUUAUCUUUACUGAGUACUUAGAAUUACAGAAUAAUUUUAUAGGCUUUAAAGGAACAUUUAUUUUUGAUAUUCUCAUUUAUCUUAAAACAUGCGUAGUAUAUUGUUGUAUUGAUAAUUUAAACCUGGAAGUAAAUCGAGGGUGACAAUUAUUAGAAGCAAAAUUUGAUGGCAAUUAUAUGUAUUUAUGCAAUUAUUAUGCAAUUAUAUGUGAAUUCAUUGUAGAAGAAACAAAAUUUUAAAAAAUUAACUUUAAUGAGACACAGUUUGCAUGCAAUGAAAUUCACAUACUUUAAGUAUACAGGCCCCCAUGACUUUUGGCAAAUAUUUAUACUCAUGUAAUCAAUAUCCCAAUCAAGAUAUAGAACAUUGCUAUCUCCCCAGAAAAUUCCCUCUAGAACAAAUUGAGUUUUAAAAUCAAAAUAAAUUUUAGGAGCACAAAUAUUCAACUAAAAAUGGGGAAAAAAUUAUUCCAUCUUGGGAAGCAAAGACUUUUUUCCUUUUUUGUCACUAAAUUUGGAUGUUUUAAAAUGUGGAAGUGUUAGUUAAUAACCAUUUAUUUUGGUAACUGUAUGAGGAGCAUGGGAGAAAGAUGUGCUGCUUCGGUAAAGAUUACAGCCUUGGAAACCUUAGGGGGCAGUUCUGCCCUAUCCUGUGGGGUCACUGUGAGUUGAAAUUGACUCGACAACAAUGAGUUUGGGUUUUUGUACGUGAGGAAAGUACUACUUUUUUGUUUUAAUUUAACAAUUGCCAUGUUUUAAUUACUUUUAGAUAUUUAAAAGUAGGCCACACAAAAGUUAUUUUUCUAUUAAUGCUUUUUAAGUGACCUUUUGUAUUUCAAAGUGUUAUAAAUGUCAAACUAAGUAUUCUAGACUAAUAUGCUAGUUUUAAUGCUUUAUAAUCCUAAUCUUUAUUCUCAUAAUUAAAUUGUUGGAUUUAAAAGUUAACACUAUUUUUUAGCAAAAUAUCAAAAAGCUGUGCUUCCAAAUUAGUUUCACCUACUUGAAAUAGCUUGUUUGAGACCUGAUUUCCUAAAGCAUUUUUGACUACCUUUCUUGAAUUGCCUUCAAAGACUAUGUUAUUCUUAACACUAAGUAAUCUCAGUCAUGGCAAAUCUUUAUUCAUCGAUGAUAGGUACACUUUCCAGAAUUAGCCUGAAAACAAAGAACUCUUGAUCCAAAGCUGGAUAUUUAUUUGGUUCUGAACGGAUUGGAUUUAUUUGAGUAGCUUGUAACUUGCUUCUAAAGGCAAUACCAAAGCCAAAGUUCCAAAGAUGUUUGGAAACAUGGCAGUAUUGUUGGAAUGCAUCUAUGGCACUUCAAGGAUUGCACUCACGGGAUGUGUGUAUUCAUCAGGACAAGAGGAUUCACCUCACAGUGGUGUAUUUUGGUAAAGAAGGACUGUCUAAAGUCAAGUCUAUCCUAGAAUCUGUUACAAGUGAGUCUAAUUUUCACAAUUACACCAUGGUGUCAUUGAAUGAAGAAUUUAAUCGUGGACGAGGACUAAAUGUGGGUGCCCGAGCUUGGGACAAGGGAGAGGUCUUGAUGUUUUUCUGUGAUGUUGAUAUAUAUUUCUCAGCCGAAUUCCUUAACAGCUGCCGGUUAAAUGCUGAGCCAGGUAAAAAGGUAUUUUAUCCUGUGGUGUUCAGUCUUUAUAAUCCUGCCAUUGUUUAUGCCAAUCAGGAUGGGCCCCCGCCUGUGGAACAGCAACUGGUUCACAAAAAAGAUUCUGGCUUUUGGCGAGAUUUUGGCUUUGGAAUGACUUGUCAGUAUCGAUCAGAUUUCCUGACUGUUGGUGGAUUUGACAUGGAAGUCAAAGGUUGGGGUGGAGAAGAUGUUCAUCUUUAUAGAAAAUACUUACAUGGGGACCUUAUGGUGAUUCGGACUCCAGUUCCUGGUCUCUUCCACCUCUGGCAUGAGAAGCGCUGUGUGGAUGAACUGACCCCAGAGCAGUACCGCAUGUGCAUCCAGUCCAAAGCCAUGAAUGAGGCCUCGCAUUCCCACCUCGGGAUGCUGGUCUUCAGGGAGGAAAUAGAGACGCACCUUCGUAAACAGGCAUACCGGACGGAUAGCGAAGCUGUUGGUUGAUGUCAUGUUGAUGCAUUACCGUCUCAACCACAAACCAGCACCGUUUAUUUAGCCUUAACUCCAAUUCCAGAUACAGUGCCUCUUUCAGGGAAGAAAUAAGUAUUUUUCAUGUUCUUUCAGACAAGUCUUUACCAAUUCAUCUUGAUAAUGAGAAGAAAAAUCAAGUGUUUCAGAAUACAAAGCCUCUGUUCUGUGAACACUGUGCUAUAGAAUACUUGACAGAUUGAAAUCUGGUGCUUAUCCCAAGAGUCUUGAGUUCAUUUCUGCUGUAGUGUGUUGAGCGCUGGGUGUCAGCGCCUCCUGAGAGGGUCGUGUGCUACAAGUGCAGGAGUGGACAGUGUUUCUCACUUGCUGCCCCUGUGUAAGCCUGCUGAAUUUGUAAUGAAGGUCUUUGCUGAAGCUGAGGAUAAUCAAAUGACACAUCUCAAAUCCAUCCAGCCAAGAGAAGGCAGAAACCAAAACCCCUUAACCUAAUGUUGCUUGGCCCCCUGAAUGUCUGUUCUUAAACAGAUGAAUAAUAGUUGAAAAUAUUUAGAGUCUAUGGCUUGGUUAAAAAUACAUGUUAUUACAUUAUCAUCAUGUUCAGGAUUAAUAUAUUGAUAUAAAAAUAUUAAUAUAAAUAUAAAAUAUGGGAGUGUUUUUAAUAGAACGUUUGAUUAUGUUGAAGUAUAGGAUACUGCUGUAUCUGGGAACAUCCGUUUGUGGGAGCAAGGGCUACAUCAGAACCUUCCUGUGGCGGUUCACAGUAGUUGAGCAGAGCAUGGUUUUUUUUAUUUUUGCUUUGUUUUGCUUCAUUUAACAUGGAUUCAUAUAUAUUUAUUAUCCUUUAUUUUCUAAUAUGUUUGUGGGGAAAAUAUGUUUGCAUUAUUAUAAUAUUUUGAGUUGAGAGAGUUUCACUGAGGUGAGGAAAAAAUGAAUGAGGUAUAUCAAGAUCACAGAUUUGAAUAAAAGGCAGGGAAGGGAAGCUAGUCUGUAUGAAGUUUGAAUUACACAUUACUUCAGAGGAAUACAUUGUAGUACUUGCAGAUAGUAUAGUGUUUUAACUGAAGCUUAAAUUAUAUUAAUGAGAUAAGGUGAAUAAAUUAUAUUCAGAGAGGACUGUACUGUAUUACCACACAUGGAUCUUUUACCUAAAUCCAGAAAUUGGAGAUACGGUGAAAGACAUGCAUAAGUUUUUGAACCUUUGGCUUUUAAAACGGGCCUAUAUUGAAUUCUGUUUGUACGUAAACCCUUGAAAAUUCACAGAAGAAAACACAUUACACUUUUUGCUUAGUAAAUCAUAUCAUGUGAAGUAUUAUGAAUUCCAAAUUUUGGUAUGCCACUUGAACUCAAUUUUACAAUAAUUCUUACUAAUAAUUCUUAGAACUUUGAAGUUGGGAUAGCAUUUAGGCAUGUUUUUAAGGUGUGUAAAAUGUUCUCCACAAACUUAUUCAGGCAGUCAUCUUCUUUUAUACACAAGGUUUCUUUUGUUAUUUAUUACGAAGACCAGAUAAUUAUGGUAUUUUAAGUGAGUGAAUGAAUGUAAUUAUUUGCAAAAGUAAGUUGCAGCUUGUUUUUUGACAGAAUCAAAUGAUUUUACCUUUUCUCCUGUUUUGUCAAACCAGGUUUUUCUUGAAAGUUGGAAGUUAAGCAAUGGAAACAUUAUGUUUUUGACAUUAAAUGGUACCAAUAAAGUAUUUUAUUACCAAAAGUUAAGUGAAAAUGUGUUAAAUUAAUUUUCUGUUAUAUUUUCUGUUAUAAAACAUCAUAGAUACAGGGGAAAAAAUGUGUCACGUAAUUGCACACUUUAAAGAAUAAUACAACAAACACAAAUGCACCAAGUACC